AUGAAGGGAGCGUUUCUUCAAAAGAGAUUUUCUUUAAAUGUUGGUCAUGCUUUAAUGUUAUACAAGAUACUCACAGAUCAGAUCUGUCCAAAUCUACUUGAAAUGCAGUUCAAAUUCAUCAUCAAAAAUGAUGAAAAAAAAGAAUUAGAAUGGAAUGGUGCAAGUGGAGAAGUAGUUCUCAUCGCUUAG